AUGGAUGGACAUACCAUUAACUAUUGUUWUGAUCUACAUGGUCCACCCUCAACCUGGGCCAAUCAUGCCACGACCAGUGAUUCAAGCUCCAGCUUUAGACAGGAGAAUCAUUCAUCUGAUCAGAUACCUCCUACACCCACAUAUGGUCCCGUGAAGGAGAUGGUGAGUGUUCCCCGUGAUGAAUAUGAGAGGUUUAUCCAAUCACAACAGAACACGAUGACUUUUGCUCACUCAGGGAUUUCAUCCCUUAAAUCCUUUCUCCACACUCAGUUUCAUACCAAAGAUUUGGGAAUGUUGAAGUACUUCUUGGGUGUUGAGCUCACAAAAGAUGGUGAAUUAUUUGAAGAUCCUGAGAGAUAUAGAAGAGUGGUUGGAAAGUUGAAUUAUCUUACUGUAACUCGUCCAGAUAUUGCGUAUUCAGUUAGUGUGGUGAGUCAGUACAUGUCCUCUCCAACAGUUAAUCACUGGACAACUAUAGAACAAAUUUUGUGCUACUUAAAAGGAGCACYUGGGCGAGGAAUUUUGUAUGGCAAUCAUGGUCAUACUAGAAUUGAAUGUUUUUUAGAUUCUAAUUGGACAGGAUCCAAGGAAGAUCGAAGGUCUACUUCAGGCUAUUGUGUAUUUGUUGGAGGGAAUCUAAUUUCAUGGAAAAGCAAGAAGCAGAAUGUUGUCUCACGUUCGAGUGCAGAAUCGGAAUAUAGAGUUAUGGCCAAGUCUGUGUGUGAAAUAAUGUGGAUAUAUCAGCUUCUGACUGAAGUAGGUCUUAAAACUUCAAUACCAGCCAAGUUAUGGUGUGAUAACCAAGCUGCUCUUCACAUUGCAUCUAAUCCUGUUUUUCAUUCAUGA